AUGGCUCCCGCAAAGGCAGAAAAGAAGCCCGCAGAGAAGAAACCAGCGGCAGAGAAAGCACCAGCGGAGAAAAAGCCAAAGGCCGAGAAGAAGAUCUCGAAGGAAGGAGGAAGCGACAAGAAGAAGAAGCGAGUGAAGAAGAGCGUUGAAACCUACAAGAUUUACAUCUUCAAGGUUCUGAAACAGGUUCAUCCUGAUAUCGGUAUUUCAAGCAAAGCUAUGGGAAUCAUGAACAGUUUUAUAAACGAUAUCUUUGAGAAACUCGCUCAGGAAGCUUCUAGAUUGGCUCGUUAUAACAAGAAACCUACCAUCACGUCACGCGAAAUUCAAACGGCGGUGCGUUUGGUUCUUCCUGGUGAAUUGGCUAAACAUGCUGUUUCUGAAGGAACCAAGGCGGUUACCAAAUUUACCAGUUCUUAG